CCAUCCCAUCCCGGAAGUGAGACCAUCAGUUUUCACAUUUCAGGAAAAGCAUCAGCAUCUUCAAUGCUUUGACAACGGGGGUUGAAGCUAUUUCCACAACCGCGUUUGGACUGACACAUUUGGCUUUCAAAACACACGUUGUCGCAGUUUGGAUUCGUAAGACAGUUCGGACAAAUGAAGUGACAAACAGGAUAUGAUGUCAUCGUUCCAGGUGGUGGGCUCUUUGCCCAGCAGUGUCAUCGGCGUUAUGGAAACAUCAAACUUUGCCCAUGUCAUCUUCCAGAACGUUGGGAAGAGCUUCCUGCCCCAGGAGGCACUGGAGUGUUGCUACACCCUCACCUCCUACAUCACCCCCAACCCCAAAGACUGGGUGGGAAUAUUUAAGGUGGGUUGGAACACAGCGAGGGAUUACUACACGUUCCUGUGGUCUCCCAUGCCGCAAGACUACCAACCUGGAAGCACCGUACACAGGGCUGUGGUGUUCCAAGGGUACUAUGUUCCCAAGAGUGACGGGGAGUUUUAUCAGUUCUGUUACGUCACACACACGGGUGACAUCAGAGGCGCCAGCACACCUUUCCUGUUUCGCCCGGACACGCCCACCGAGGACUGUCUCACCGUUACCGAGGAUGACAGCAACUCAGACAUUCUGGUGGUGACCACCAAGAGCAGUGUGCUGGAGCAGCGUGUAGAGGAGGCGCAGCAGGAGCGCAGGGAGCUGUUGAAGACCAUGCACCACCUGCAGGAGGAGAAGCAGCAGCUGCAGGAGGAGCACAGGAGGCUGCACAGAGAGAGAGAGCAGGAGAGGGAGACCUGCAGCCUGCUACGCACACACAACCAGGAGCUGCUACGCUCCUCCCAGGGCCUGUCAGAGGAGAGGGAGGAGGUGAGGAGGAGGCUGCAGGAGGCCACAGACCGGGUCAGACAGCUGGAGGAAGACCUACAGGGAGUCACACAGAGGGGACUGCAGAAAGAGACCGAACUGGACUGUCUGAGAGACAGGUUAAAGAAGCUGACAGCAGAUAGAGACACUCUGGAGACCCAACUGAAGAAUGAGAAGGACGAGAGGGACCUUUACAAGGUCCACCUGCGUAGCACGGAGCUAGAGAACACCAAGCUGAGUGCAGAGCUGCAGAUGCUGAAGGCUGUGGAGCUCAACAGAGAGGUGACCAUCGCUCAGUUCCAGGAAGAACUGGACAGGCUCCGAGCCUGCGUCACUCAGAAAGAUCGCCUGGAGAAAGAGCUGCACACACACGCUGUCGACAAGGCUGAGAUGGGUCGUCUGAGGGAGAAGCUUCGCCAGGCCGAGGAGCAGCUCCAGGCGUCUCGCCAGCAGGCCGCCAUGUUGGUGUCGGAGCUCCGCGACUCAGCGUGUGCCCGCGACCGCACCAUGACCGAGCUGUACCGCGCCCGCCUGGAGGUCGACGCCCUCCGCGCCAGCCUGGCCGAUGCCCAGGCCGAGUGCCGGCGAAUGGAGACGCAGCUGGACCGUAUGAGGACCACCUCCCAACAGGAAGUGGGUGUGGGGACCUCCAGUGAGGGGGGGUGUGUGGUGUCUGAGGCGGAGGCUGAGCUACAGAGAGAAGUGGAGGAGCUGAAGCUGCGUCUCCACAUGGCCGCUGAGCACUACAAGGAGAAGUACAGAGAGUGUCAGCGACUCCGCAGGCAGGUGGCCAAGCUCAGCGAGGCCCAGGGGGAGUCAAAGAGAAACGCUGCUACUGAGACGACACAGGCGCCACUGACACCCAGCCCAGAGUCACCUACAGCAGGCAAUCUGGCUGCAGCUGUGCUGAGAGAAGACACUGAGAGGCCUGCUGUCCCUAACCGCAGUUACAACAACAGGGAACACACACACACCAAUACAUUCUCAGGCAUGGAAACCAUGAGAGUAGGGGAGAAAGAGUGGAAGGGGAGAAAUGGGGACGAGGUAGAGAGGGAAGUAAGUGGAGGAGAGGAAGGGAAAGAAGAGGAGAGUGUGGAAGAGGAAAGGAAGAAGGACAGGAGUGUAGGAGGUGAGUUCAUGAGCAUGAAGAUGGAGAGUUGGGUGGAGGUGGAGAAUGAGAGGAGGAGUGCUGAAGAGGUGGAUGAGAGGAGGAGUGUGGAGGAGGAUGAGAGGAGGAGUGUGGAGGAGGUAGAGAAAGAACAGACUCGUUCGGUGGAGGAGGAGCUGGCGAGGAUGGAGGAGAAGUGGGCGGAGCAGUGUGCUAUCAACGAAACGCUCAAACAGAGACUGGCCAAUGAGGAGGAGCGAUUCCGGAUCCAGAUGGCAGAGAGGGCCAUAGAGGUGACAGAGCUGAAGGAGAGUCUGGCUCAGGCCCUCAGAGAGAAGGACCAACUCAAGGAGUCCUCAGUGGCCAUCUCCUUGUCCCCGUGCCAGGAGCUGCAUCAGUGUCAGGACCGACAGAGGGAGCAGGAGGCUGAGGGUCAGGGGUCAGAGGUCAAACAGCCUGUGUUGCUACGCUACCCCCUGCCCUACCCCCAGGACCCCUCCCCACCCCCUCUGGUACCCCAGAGACCUGCAGAGCUGCAGUACGGGAACCCCUACUCCACCGACAACACUCGAGACGGGGCAGACGGUGCCCUGUCCCCUGAGCAGAUGCCCCGCCCCCCUCCCGAGGCUCCUGGUGCAUGCGCCCCUCCGGCCACCCCCCCGACCCCCCCGACCCCCCCAACCCCUGGUGCAGGCUGGGAGAGAGAGGUUGUCUGCAUCCAACCCUCCUCGCGAAGCAUGAGCCCCCCCGACGGACUGGAGCACCCCCCCGAGGAGCCACGCAACGUUGGUGAUGGGGAGCAGCCUGCCUGCAAUCAUCAGUCCAGCAGCAGACGCAACGAUAACAGGAGCAGCUUCUGUUUUGACCCCAGUAGUGAGGUCCACAAGCGCUGUCCGUUGUGCGAGGUGAUCUUCCCACCCCACUUUGAGCAGCGUAGCUUUGAGCAGCACGUGGAGAGCCACUGGAAGGUGUGUCCCGUGUGCUCUGAGCAGUUCCCCCUCGACUGCCAUCAGCAGCUCUUCCAGAAGCACGUGCUCACACACUUUGAUGGCCAUGUGCUAAACUUCGACAAUAUGGAGUAGCGGGGAGGUUGGGGUGUGUGUGUGUGUGUGUAAAAGGGAAGGUUGGAUUGGAUUAAAUUAUAAUAAUCGGUUGAAUUAAAUUAUAAUAAUUCUAGGAACGUGUGCUCAAAUUGGGGUUGGGAAUGAUUUCAUUUCAACUCUGAUUAGGAGGGGAGAUUACAAGUCAUCACAUCAACAUUUGAAAAAUAAUCUGGGGAAAAUUGCUCUUUUAAAUGUUCUGAAUUUAAAUGGAAUUAACUUCAAUCCUGGCCUCACAUGCUACCUUUCAAUUAAGUAAAGGUUAAAUAAUAAAUAAAUGCUACCUUUCAAAACAUCAAGGAGUAUGUAAGGGGGAGUUUGUCAGUUCCGGUUUAGGGAAAUAAUUUUAAAAAGUACUUGGCGUGAGAAGUUCGGAUCACUUUGGUUUCGUCCCAUGUUGAUGAUGUCAUCUUUCUGCUUCGGGGUUGUAGUGUCAUCACUGCAUGUGUUUAGUAUCCGUAGGAUCCAUCACUCCGUAGCCACACCUAGAAACAGGUGACAUCCAGGGAUGGGAGGGGGAGUAGGUUGACGUUGCCUCUAAACAUUGAUCUAAGGUCAGUUUUGGGUUUUACCUAAUGGUUAAGGUUGGGUAAUCUGAUCCUAGAUCUGUGGUUAGGGGAAACUAAUGUACAGCAUGACAGUCAGACUCUUGUCAGCAAAAGAUGUUAGACAUUUUUUUUAUAUAUAACAGGAAAUAGCACUACUGUUUAAAUUUGACUGCACUAAAAAGGCUUCAUUAUUCUGAAUGUAUGUAUAUAUAUGAGAAGUAGGACUAUUAUGGAGACCUCAAUGUAUUCCCUCAUGUUUUAGUAAUGACAAUGAUGGGCCAAUUGUUUUACUUCCUGGUCUCUGGAUAGGCUAACAUUCUCCUUCAGUUGGAGGGAAGGUAACUGGAAAUAUGACUGCUCUAGAAGACUACUGUACACCUGGCUAUGGUCUCUUUCACUGUGUUAAGUCUAUGACCUGAGACUCAUCCUUUGUCGGGGUCCAAGUCAGUUUCUGUUGGCUGUGCGUGCGUCUCCACAUUGAGUCUCCUUUAGUUCUUGACAUCUGUCUGUCUGAGAUUUGACUGUUCUUUCAACGUGACCACAGUGCUGUACUUUUGGCUUCAAAGUUGCAGCUUUGUGAGUGUGUAGGUUUGUAUGUGUGCAUUAAAAAUAUCUUUAUGAAUAAAGUACGCCUGUCAAAUGGAUACAA